CCGCCAUCCAUGUGAUCGCCCGGAACAGCUGCCACAGCUUGACUCCCAGUCAUCGACAUCAGGCGGAACCUUUGCGGACUACAUCAUUCAGGGUGCCGGCGGAGGAGCGAUCGUUCUUCUUUUACACCUAACUGACCUUAGCAACACACACUUCGACCCUUCAGCCAGACAGACGCAGCUGGGAGCAACAGUAUCACCACGAAGCAACGAAACGUAUCGUAUACAGACCAUCAACGACGUAGUAAUACAACAUCUACACCGACUCGCAGAGCCCACGCCUUUGCCUCUUGGACCUUGGAUCUUGGACGGAUUCGCGACCAACCAUGAAUCUUCUCUACUCCACCGUGAACACCCUCCGCGAUCGGUACACGCCUGUUUCGCACAAGUCAACCUUCCGCCAGACGGGCCAGAUCACCCCCGAAGAGUUCGUUGCCGCCGGCGAUUAUCUCGUUUACAAGUUCCCGACCUGGUCUUGGGGCGAUGCCGACUCGGAGAGCCGCCGCGUCAGCUACCUGCCCGCCGGGAAACAGUUCCUUGUCACGCGCAACGUCCCUUGCAACCGCCGGCUCGACGACGACUUCGCCGGUGAUGCCGGUCACGAAGAGGCCCUCGUCGAGGGCGGCAAGAACUCUGCCGGUGGUGGUGACGAUGACGAGGAUGGCUGGCUGCGCACGGGCGGUCUAGCGAGCUCGCAACCGCUGAAGUUGAAGGAGGUGCGGACGGUGGACGAUUCGGGAAACGUUGGCGACAGAGAGGUUGUCGACGACGACGAGAUUCCAGAUAUGGAGGACGAGGAUGACGACGAGGCCAUCAUCCGCGACGCCGGAGACAGCGGAAAGAACAGCGGUCGCCGGACAUACACCCUGUACAUCAUGUACUCGACCUACUACCGCACGCCGCGCCUCUACCUCUCGGGCUACUCGCCCAACAACCAGCCGCUACCGCCGCACGCCAUGAUGGAUGACAUCGUGGGCGACUACAAGGACAAGACGGUGACGCUCGAGGACUUCCCCUUCUUCGCCAACAACAUUAAGAUGGCCAGCGUACACCCGUGCAAGCAUGCGUCCGUCAUGAAGACGCUGCUCGACCGUGCUGACGCCGCGCUACGCAUCCGCCGCGAGAAAUUGCGCGCGGGACGCGCCGUUGGCGGGGACCAGGGCAUGGAGGGUCUCGUCGACGAGCUGGGACGGCUCGACGUGCGCGACGCCCAGGCCGCCGCCGAUAAGGACGAGUGGGAGGAGGUGGAGCAGAGCGAGGUCGACGAGCAGGAGGUCGCCAUCCGGGUGGACCAGUACCUUGUCGUUUUCCUAAAGUUCAUGGCUAGCGUGACUCCUGGUAUCGAGCACGAUUUCACGAUGGGGGUAUAAACGACGAUUGAUUUUUCCCCUGCCGUACAGAUCGGCUUUUGGGUUCGCGGCCUCCAUUUCUUUUCUCCUCUCUUUCACUACUGGUCUCACGGGCUCGGGCAACAGAUGCAAUGGGGGGUUUCUUAUGUCAUUGGAUUACUGGAAGGGUGAUGGCUAGAUUUAGGGGACUUGCAACGGCGAUCACGAAGAAUUGAGUAGACUACAAAGUCCAGACGGUAUUAUUCCACUUUUACUACAUAUGGAAGUAGAUACUGUCCAUGCCUUAAUUGGUUGUGAUGACUCUACAGUGAUCAUCGAC